AUGUCCAUUCCUAGUGAAUCAAACACUUUAAUGUGGAGACUAGACUUGUUAGAGACCAAGUUUAGUAAUCUUAACCCACGGUUCCCUCGUACCAAGAUAUUGUUGCAGGCUAGAAGUAAUGAAAAAUUGUUGAAAAAGUUACCUAUUUCGAAACAAGAAGCAGAAUUGGAGAUAAAGGCAUUAAAACAAGAAGCUUUCGUAAGGAAAUACUAUGCAGCCGACAAGAAGUUGAGAAAGAAAGUGCAGAAAACUGUUAAAGACGAUUUAUCUUCAUUGAAGAGUCAAGCAUCUAAAAAGAGCAUUUACGAAUUUUUGAGCAAUGAAAAGAACGUAGAACAUUUGAUAACUUCUCGAUUAGUUAAAUUGAUAUCAACAGCUAUUUUGGUGAACAGGGAACUUAAAACGAACCCUCCAAACUACAUUCCUGAAGACAUCCGCAAUAUAAUUAUUGACAAGUCUAAUAACUCAAAUCCUUCGGCGUUUUUUAUAAAGUUCUGUAAAGAUGACAAGCAAACAAAUAGCUAUAUAUCUAGCUUGUGGAAUUCAAAGCCAAUAAAAAGUUUGUUGGAUGAUAUAGAAUGGUCUUUUAAAUUGGUUAGAGGCAACUUGACGAAGCAGGAAAGAGAAGAUAGAAAGAAAGUUCCCGAGAAGAAUCAAAACUCGCAUGUCAUUGACGCCAAUAGUGAAAGUGACGACGAAAAUGAUGAUGAGAGUGACAGUCAAAAUGAAAGCGAACAGCCGUCUGCAGAUGAUAUAUCUGAAGACAACGAAGCAGAGGGUUCUGAGGAUAAUAUUGACCCAGAUGAAGCAUAUGAGAAGCUUCUGGCUUACGAUAAUUUAGUUGGAGACUCCGAUAGUGAAGGUGAGACCAAUCUAGACCCAAACAUCGAUUAUAAUGAAGUUACAGAUAUUGAAUCAAGUAAUUCAGAGAGCGAUAUUGAUAUUAGUCUUUCUGGUGAUGAUGAUGAUAAUGAUGAUUCUGGAGACAGAAGACAUAAGUCUGAUCUUACUGAGUCUAAUCAGUACAAGCUCCCAGAAUUGGCCGUGGGAUAUUAUUCUGGAGGUUCUGAUGAUGAUGAUGAUGACGAUGACAUUGAUAACGAUAAACUUGUGAAAGAGGCCACUGGAACUCAAAGGAAGAAUAGAAGAGGACAAAGAGCAAGGCAAAAAAUAUGGGCUCAAAAGUAUGGGAAGGACGCUACCCAUGUCAAGAAAGAGAAAGAAAGGGUAAUUGGAGAAAGAGAGCGUAAAAGGUUAGAGUACGAGGAAAGAUGCCGCAAGAGAGAGCUUAAGGCAAAAUUGGCUGCGCAGCCAGUGGCUACAAGUUCGAAUAUGAGUGCCUUGGGUCAGAGGAAGUCACAACCGACCAUAGAGUCUGGGGGACAAGAAACGAUGAAGUCAGACGACAAUGUUCAUCCAUCUUGGGCAGCCAAGAAGCGUGAAGAGGAAAAGCUCAAGAAUAUUAAAUUCACUGGUAAGAAGAUUACCUUUGAUUGA